AUGGACUUGGCCUCUUACGAAGACGACUUCUCCAAAUACGUCAAUCUGGAUGCUGACGCCCCGCAAUCCGAUGAACAUGAUUUUGGCGCGGAAACAGCAGAACUCAACAACACCCUGCCAGUAAAAGACCAUCUCUGUGGCGUCAUCACGAAACGCAACAAGCGUUGCAAGAGAAGGCUUCACGUAUGCACUGAUCACACUCUCAGAGCCAAGCAGCAGGUUCCUAGAUCAUGCCCUAACAAUGUUGAGGGCUGGAUGCUCAAGCCAUUGCUUGGGGAUUCUGAAACAGAUAGGCCGAUAGAGGUCUCUGGUGAUUAUGACAUGGUGCUGAAUGGAUAUUUCAACACCAAUAAAAGUGGAAUUGACAGUUCCAUUUGGAAACAGGCCAAUUUCCCCAACCCGUUUGACGAGCCUGAGCUUCUUGGUCACUCAGUUGAUGAAAACAAAGAGGCAAACGACGAAGAUGAUGACGAUAACGUCACUUCAUUGCCCGUUAGCUUUCUCUUUGGAUCCAAUUUUCCACUUUUAGACCCUCCAGCCGGUUUAAACCUUGAUCUGGGUCCAGAGAUCAUAGACACCCACAAGCAGACUCGCCAAGAGAUCCGCGCACUUGCUUGUCUUCGGCAGAAUACCAAGUUUAUCGCGAAGCUCGCCGCAAACCCAAACAACCACCAACGUUACUUUAUGAAGUUCAUCAAACUCGCUCUCAAUAAGUAUGUGGGACUUUCUCCAAUGGCUAGAUGGAAGGUUGUUCUUGCCGAAAGAGAGGCUACAUACGGAUGGAUUCCGUUAAACCAGUGA